GGGGCUCAGUUGCGUUUUGAUGCUCGCGAGAAUCGUUUCUAGUUUUCCAGGUUUUGACGGUCGACGUUGGUCGGAAGAUUUACACUUUUGCGGUGAAUAUUUUGGUGUAAGUGGAAAUUUAUCGGUAGAAAGUAGUGAAAGGCGGAAAGGUGUGCUUACGGAUGUAAGGAAAUUUAAAAACGUGCACGCGAAAUUGUAUUGAUUGGGUGUAAAAAAUCGGUAAAUUUCGUGUGUUGCUGACCGUGCCAUUUGCCGACGCUGGAACGGAGAAAGGAGAAAAAGAACAUUGAGCAGACUGUGAAACGUAGACGGUAGACGGUGGACCUGAACCAGCACAGUUUGCUGGUAAUCGAGAGGAAGUUUUAUCGACUAACUUUCGUCUUUGGGAGCAGUAAGUGUAUAUUAAUCCAAAAAGUGUCAUCCCCAGAGGAAGCGUUUCGUCAAACGAGAAAGUAGGAAGAAAAAUCGUACACGUGGGAAGCACAUUUUUUUUAAAAAAAACACGGCCCACAAAAAUAUGCGCUGCUGAAAGUGCCGAUGUGUUUGUGUGAAUGUUUGGUGGUUCCAGUGCAAAUUUAAAUCCGUCCUUUGGUGGGCAGUGCAACAUUCAAUAAGUGCUAUUCCGGUUCGGCGUUGCUAGCCAGUCAAACGUGAAAAUUGGAAAAGUUUUUAAUUAAAUUCAACGAUCCAUUCGAAGCCAUCGUUAUCGACACGUGCAUUUUCUUGGCCGAGUGAUUAUCGAUCAGCUAUAAAGUUGAGCUUGCACGGCUAGUCGAAAAUAAGCCUCGUCCAGCUGAUUUUCCCUGGAGACUGACCCCGGACAGCCAGCCUGUUUGCCGAGAGAGAAGAUAGGUGCGGAGGCAACGGGAGGACCCACCACAGUCCUCGAGAAUUUAAAUCAGACAUUAAGAGUCAGCUUUUCGGAGGAGGACACAAUAGAGCGCGAUGCAGUGCGGCGUUGAGACCAUGAAUGAAUGCGAACGAUCGCCGGGUCGCACCGGUCUGCGGGUCAACUUUACCGAGAAGGGUGAGGUGAAGGAGCGCCGGGAGAAAUUCCUCACCGCCAAGUACGGUUCGCACCAGAUGAGUCUCAUCCGGAAGCGGCUGGCAGUGGAAAUGUGGCUGUACGAUGAACUGCAGAAGCUGUUUGACCCACCCACGGAGGCGAUAGAUGUAGAUAUCGACGAAAUCCUCGACAUGGACACUGAUGAUAUCAGAAGAUCUCACUUAUUUAGCCUACUGUCCGCAUGUAAACGACCUCCUCAAGACAUAUCGAAAUUCAUUAGCGAUUUGCUGGACCGAGCAAAGACCCUCUGAGCUGGACUGGUCAUUUCAGUUUAAAUAAUGUAAUUUAACAAAAAAAACUUCACAAGUAAGAACACAUUUUGCUAAGGAAAUGAAAGUGGUAAAUUAACCUUUCGAAAGACAGUAAGACAACACGUAAGAUCAAUGAAUCACAAGUGUCGUUUAUCGGUAAGAUGAACUAAAAACAAAAUGUAUUUGCAAGACAUAGGCUCAACGCAACUAAUAAAAAAAAUCGCAACUGAAUUAAACAUUGAACUUGGUUUCGAGCAGCCUUGGCCAAUGUAAGGUUAAGUAACUGGAUAAACUCGUAGAUGAAUGGUUUAAGCAUCUAAUAUUAAGAAGGGAACUGUUUUGCUUCAAGGUUAAUUGAGUUUAGUGAUUAUUUUACGUUUGAUUAAGUCAAAAAUCCUUUGUUCAGCGGAAUGCUUUAGAUCAGGCUGCAUUAGAAGUACUAUACAAAACGAAACAAAGCAUGACGUAGAGAAAGAUUUAAUUUUUCUCCAAAGAAUACUUUAAUUGUACGAGAAUAACACUUCAUAAAUUGAGUGAAACAUACAGAAAAAAAAUAGACCGAUACAAAUUAUCCUGUAAGUAAUUUAAGGGAAACGAAAGCUUCCACUUGUUUGUUAACUAUUUUACGUUUAAGUGUUCCUGAAUUCUUAUAUUCUGUUCAGCAAAGUCCGUUUUAUAUUUUCAUUUCGUUUGUGUUCCAUCAGUUCGUUAGUACAUUAUUCUGUGGUCAAGUCACUGUGCCAGGAUUACGCCGUGCUUCCCUCUGGUUGUGUGAUUGGCCAACCGCUCAAAUCAAAAGAUCAUUUUUUGUCGUUUAAGCUGUUAUAAGUUCGAGACUUAUGUGAAUAAUCCUUAGUCUGUUUGCUUCGGAAAUACAAAAAAAAACGAAAGUCGUAGUUCAGUAAAACUAGUGAUUCUGGGAGUUAAAUUGAUUACGGAAAGAACAUACAAUUGAUUGAGCAUACACGUUGUAAAAUAGGAUCACAGACGCUUCUACAAAAUUUGAUUUGGGACUUUGCUUUUUUUUCAAUUCAAUCGAUAAUAAUGACAAUGCGUUAACUGCUGCCGCUGCUCGAACAUUUUUUAUCAUUAAUCAUCAUCAUGUUAUCAUAUCAUCGAAAAAACGUAGAAAAAUUUCAACCAAUUAUCUUAACAUAACACAUAUUACUUCUUCUAAAAUAACAGUCUAUAACAAUGCGAUGUUUGGUAGUGUGUUCACUGUUCAACUACUGAAGUACUAUACAUCUUCACAGAGUACGAAUGAUUGCAAAACUUGGUUAAGAAUUGAGCUAGCUCUCACCCAUCCUUAUUAAUGCUGUCAGUAACACCCUAAACACUAGCGAAGUAAACUAUCUGUCUGUGAAGGUAGCAAAAUAGAUCCCUCUAGACACAUACACAAGAACAAAACAAUAGAAAUGUAGCAUUGGAAGUGAACAACAGAAAGAAAAUUCAUAGCUUUAGCUUUUAUUGAAUGAUAAGAAAAACAAAACCUUGAAACCAACACCGUAAAACAAUUCAUUGAUCCGAAAACAAAACGAGCCAAAGCAAUUAUUGACAAUUUUGACGACAGCUUAGUUGGUCGUAAAAUCGGCAUUGAAUGUCCUAAUAAAUGUGACCCAUGCACACACCGAGGCACACACACAGUAUUCUACAUCCCAGUGUGAAGUAAGUUACUAAACAAACAAAAAUAGGAAAAUAUAGGCCCGUAUUAGACGACGAAACCCAUUCAUGUGUAUUAUAACUAUAGUGUCUCAAUAUGCGGUUUGAUUUUUUUGUUUCGAAGGAAACUCAAACGUACACACACACACACACAUGUGCAGGGUUUGUGACAAAUAUAUAAAAUACAAGACAGCAUAAAAAGCGAUGUGGAUUGACAGAAACAUAACGAAAAAGCGAAAAAUAAAUUAUGAAAUUUACAGCAAAAUACUGAA